GUAUGACAUAUAUCUCCAACAUAAAGGACCACCUCACCCUCCCCCUCCAUUACUCCCACUGCAUCUUCUUCAAAUUCCUGUCCUGAAGAUGACAGCAAAGUGGUAUCUCAUUGUGUGUGUUGUAGCGAUCUGGGCCGUUGAUCUGGGUUCAUCAUCACACCAUGCCCGUGCCCCAGCACCAGCACCGUCAGUGGAGUGUUCAAACCUGGUAUUGACCUUAUCGGAUUGCCUCACCUUCGUUAGCAACGGCAGCACCGUCACCAAGCCACAGGGAACAUGCUGCUCUUCCUUGAAAACUGUGCUCAACACAGCCCCUAAGUGCCUCUGCGAGGCUUUCAACAGCAGCGCUCAGUUAGGUUUAGCCAUCAAUGUCACCAAGGCUGUCACGCUUCCCGCUGCUUGCAAACUCUCUACUCCUUCUGCCGCUAAUUGUGGACUGUCUGCAACGCCUGCUGCUGCUCCUGGCCCCUCUCCUACAUCUGCUACUGCAACUAUUGGGACUCCAGGAGGAGCUCCAUCAUCAACUCCCGGGAACGCAGCAUCAGCAUUAAUCCCCAUAUCAGCUGGAUCCUCUAUUGUUUGCCUUUUAGUAGCUCUAUCUCUCGUUUCACUUUCAGAGUAGGGACAUGACAUUAGAGACUAUUUUCAUGUCUUCUGACUUUUCCAUCUUCUAUGUGAGACUUAAUGAAGUAGAUAAAGUCAUUCAGUGACUCGAAUUUAUUUUGUGGUUGUAUAUUUAUAACUUAUAAUAUAUAUGUAUAUGAGUGAGUGAUUUUAGCGUUAUUAUUAAAUGCUGGAAUGAUAUUGUUGUGUGAUUUGAUUUCUUGUUGACACACAAGGGAGAACAUGUUUGUGGUUGAAAUGUAAUCUAUAACCUUUAAUAAGGGUUAUUAUCCUGAUGUAUACAUUUUCUUAGAUUA